ACAGGCAGUGAAAUUAUAUGGCUUCAGCACAUGUCUUGGUGCAUGGUCAAGGACCGUUGGUGACUGCAAGGCCACACUGUCUGCUCGUUCUGGACCAUGAGGAAAGCAGCAGUAGCUGGGAGGUCCCUUCUCAAAGAGCCCUGGUGCUCCUCCAGGCCGAACAUGCCCAGCUCCCUCGGCCUGUCUUCACAGAAGAGCUGCUCCAGGCCCCCGAGCAUCCUGGCUUCCCUGUGAUAACAGCCACAAGUUGUAUUCCAGUAAUCACUACAGCUCAAAAGCAGACAGGAGUUCCUCCAGGGGAAACACUGCGAGGAAGCAGCGACUCCCUAAACCUCAGGUCAGCAGCAUCCUUUCUCAUGGAAACGAAGCAAGCUCUGUGUUUCGCUUUUCCUGCCCAGCCCUCGCUAUGGAGGGCAGCGAUCCGGUCGCUGUAACUCAUUCCUUUGAGGCCCCCAGCGGCGGUCCGGCACUGCCCCCUGGCGGCGGCGUUGUGCAGCGCAGGAGGCAGAGAGGCGCCCCGGGAACGCGCCCUGCCGGGGCCUUAAAGGGCUGCCCUCACGGGAAGGCCAUCCCAACAGACAGUGAGCGCUUCUCCACGCGCGGCCUGCUCUUUCAGUCACGCUCGGACUGCCUGAUGUCUGCGGUUCCGCGCGGUCCGCACCCGCGUUUAAGUAAAGCUCCUCACUCUUCUCCCGCAUCCCUCAGCUCUCCCCUUCAAGGGCACCUUGUGCUCCCUGCCCGCGCAGCCCGAGGACGCGGCCUUUCCCCGCCGCUGAGGAACGCGGCUCCUCACAGCUCCCGCAGCGCGGCUUCCCGCCGCCCGCGCGCGCACUCACCGCACCACCACGAGCCCGGGCCGCGCGGGGGAAGGAGAGACUCGGCUAUCGGCCCGCCGAUUCGACACAAAGCCUCGCCCGCUCUUCGCGGCGAAUCAGCGGGCGCGGACUCGCCGAUAGCUUUACCUCAUGAGCCCCGAGGCGGCGCGACAGGAAGAGCAUCAGAAGGGCGCGCCUGA